GUUUCUGUUUACAAGUAGUCGUUUACUGCAUAUCGGGUACAAACAUUUCGUAUACGAAAGCAAACUAAGCAGGAUCAUUAUGGCAAUUACACUAUAUAUUUUAGUUUUCUGUUUUACCAGUGUUCUCUGCACUGCCGCAAAGACGAGCGCGCCGAAUGCUGACAACUCUACGGACACGUAUCCCUUCAUACCGAUCGGUAGUAAAUAUUAUUUAAUAAAUGCCGCCGUCAAGAUGAAUUGGUUCGAAGCCACCUUGUUUUGUCGCUCGUUUAAUAGUGAUUUGGCUGUAAUCGAAAGCGAAGCUGAGAUGAACGCACUAUCUUUCUACGUAACCACAAAUGGAAAUCUGGGGAAAUAUUUCUGGCUUGGUGCCACCGAUUUGGCGGUGGAAGGUAAAUUUAUGUCAUACAACAAUGGACGCGCUAUACCAUAUGCCAAAUGGACAAGAGGUCAACCAGAUGAUAGUCAAAGGAAUGAAGAUUGCGUACACCUUUGGCCCGUAAAUAAUAUAUAUGCUAUGAAUGAUUAUCCAUGCACUGGGGAGGGCUAUGCUCUUUGUCAGAUGCGAGAAUCUCAAAAAAGUUGUGGUGGUAGUACAAUACCGAAUUGUGGCUUGAAAAAACUCGUAGAAGAAUAUGUGAAAAGUGCAUAUCCUAUAUUGAAUUGUCAAGAUUAGUGCAGGACUCAUACAUACAUAUAGUAUGUAUAUCCAUAAUCAAUUAUAUUGGUGUACACUUGUUUUUUGGAGCAAGAAAUAACUGUAAUUUCAUUAUAUUGUGCAAAUAAAUAGGAACUUUUAUAAAAUUUCUUGGAACAAAAAUA